AUACUGAUAUCUAGCAGUCAAGAUGGACUUCCUCUCUCCUUCUCCUUUAUAGCUUUCUCUCUCUCUCUCUUCUCUGUCUCUCUAUGUCCAUGUGUGUGAGAGAGAAAGAGAGAGGAGAGGGAAAACAUGGCAGUGGGAAUGGCAGUGGGGAGAGAAGGUGGUGGAGGGGACUACAAUGGAAGGAUGACUACAUUUGUUGUAUUGUCUUGCAUGAUGGCUGCCAUGGGAGGAGUCAUCUUUGGCUAUGAUAUUGGAAUUUCAGGUGGAGUGACCUCCAUGGAGUCAUUUCUAAAGAAAUUCUUCCCAGAGGUGUAUACUAGAAUGAAAGAGGACACCAAGAUAAGCAACUACUGCAAAUUUGACAGCCAAUUGUUGACCUCAUUCACAUCCUCCCUCUAUGUGGCCGGACUCAUUGCUUCAUUCUUUGCCUCAUCAAUCACAAAGGCCUUUGGCCGUAAACCAUCAAUCCUUGUUGGUGGAGCUGCUUUCCUUGCCGGUGCAGCCCUUGGUGGUGCAGCUUUUAAUGUCUACAUGCUCAUAUUUGGUCGUGUCUUGCUUGGUGUUGGGGUUGGCUUUGCAAACCAGUCAGUUCCACUAUAUCUAUCCGAAAUGGCUCCACCCAGAUAUAGAGGAGCAAUCAACAAUGGUUUCCAAUUUAGCGUCGGCAUUGGGGCUCUAGCAGCAAAUCUCAUCAAUUACGGUACUGAAAAGAUCAGCGGCGGAUGGGGCUGGAGAAUCUCCCUAGCCAUGGCGGCAGUCCCUGCUUCAAUUUUAACUCUAGGAGCAUUUUUCCUCCCGGAAACACCUAAUAGCCUAAUUCAACGAAGCAACAAUCUUCAACAAGCAAAAUCGAUGCUGCAACGAGUCAGAGGCACUGAAGAUGUCCAAGCCGAGCUAGAUGAUCUCAUAAAAGCAAGUGAUUUAUCAAAAACCAUCAAACACCCAUUCAAGAAAAUCCUGGAAAGGAAAUAUAGGCCUCAACUGGUCAUGUCAAUAGCCAUUCCAUUCUUUCAACAAGUAACUGGGAUCAAUGUCAUCGCUUUCUAUGCUCCAGUUCUUUUUCGGACGAUUGGCCUAGGUGAAAGCGCGUCGCUUAUGUCAGCAAUUGUGACAGGGCUUGUGGGUACAGGCUCAACUUUCAUAUCAAUGUUGAUAGUAGACAAAUAUGGCAGAAGAGCUCUACUCAUAGUUGGAGGAGUACAAAUGUUGAUCUCACAAAUAAUGGUUGGAGCCUUUUUGUUGACUCAGCUAGGGGACCAUGGAGGGGUCAGCAGAGGGUAUGCUCUUGUGGUCAUACUUUCAAUUUGCAUCUAUGUUGCUGGGUUCGGCUGGUCUUGGGGUCCAUUGGGAUGGCUAAUUCCAAGUGAAAUUUUCCCUCUGGAGAUACGAUCAGCCGGGCAAAGUAUCAAUGUGGCAGUGAACUUUCUCUUCACUUUCAUUGUUGCUCAGACUUUUUUGUCCAUGCUCUGCCACUUCAAGUCUUGGAUUUUCUUCUUCUUCGGGGGGUGGGUCGUGGUGAUGACCGGAUUUGUUUACAUGUUUUUGCCAGAGACUAAGAAUGUGCCGAUUGAACAGAUGGACGGAGUGUGGAGGGAACAUUGGUUUUGGAAGAGAUUUGUAGGGGAAGAGAAUGAACUGAGUAAGAAUUCAGAUGCAGGGAAAUGAUGAUCAAGACAGAAAAUGAAAUUCAAUCCUUAGAAUUCAGUUGUUCAAAAAUUUUGCUCUUUUUUUUUUUAUUAUUAUUUUUUUUAACAAAAAAAUAGGGAAAGGAAAUGGCAAAUGAGUAACUCAUCUACCAGGCCAACCCUUGGUCUUGAUGUUGCUCUUUUUCAACUAGCUAGUACACAAUCCAAAAAAUAGUACAUGUUACUAUAUCUACUCAAAGAUCAAAUAAUUCUUAAAUCCAUGUUUAGCUUAA